AUGGCUGUCCUAAGGACGUUGGUUGUGGCCCUAGCGGUUGCCAACACGCCAACCGUACUUGCGCGCCUGCUCGAACCCGACGUCUUCCAGAUCAGCGCAUUCCCGGCUUGCGACCCAGCAACCAGCUCUGGCUGCAUCGAGGGCGGCAAGUACCUGGUGCCCGAGCUCGACUUUGGCAACGAGGACGGCACGGGCAACAACGCGUACAUCAAGUACCUGCCCAACCACACCUUCACCACGACGCAGUGGACCAACGGGCAGUGGCCCGAGAUCUGCCGCAACAUCUCGGUCAACUCAGACAACUGGAGCGCCGCCGACUUUACCGUCUACAACGUCACCUUCUCCGACUGCAGCGUGCCCUACGCCUUGUGUCGGCACAAAAAUGCGCCCAAGAGCCUCAACCAGAUCGAAAUUGCCAGAAUUCCCAUCGGAAUGCGGCAAGCGGUAGCAACGUACAUCGUCUACCCCGACGACACGACCAAUAACCCGGCCUACGGGGGCUACAUCGGCACCAUCGCGCAGUCGGGCGUCGUGGUGGGCAAGAGCACGGCCUACUUCGCUACGGCACUGGUGCACGAGACAGGCCACGCCGUCGACACGGUGCUAGUGGGGCCGAUGCCGGGCGUGUCGGCCUUCUCAGGCACGCAGACGUGGCGUGCGGCCGUAGACAGCGACGGCUACGCCAUCAGCGCCUACGGUGCCAGCAGCGGCUACGCCGAGGACUUUGCCGACGUCGGCCGCGCGGUGCUACUCGACACCAUCUUCCCCGGCGGCCUCGCGGCCUGGUCCGGCAACAACCAGAACUUGACGCAGAUAGCCGCCCAGCUGGCCCUCUUUAAGUCGACCGCCGGCAGGUACUACGUCACGGGUGGUACCUGCGAUCUCGCCAAGAAGUACCCCUUUCCCUCGCGCUGGGUCAGCCUGGGCGCCCCGCCGACCACCACGACCAACCCGGCGACUGCAACCCCGUAUGGCCAGUGUGGCGGCUUCUCGACGUACACGGGUCCGACGGCGUGCGGCCCUGGGUACUCGUGCACGAGUUUGAACCCGUUUUACUCUCAGUGCGCGCCGACGCCUCUUCCUUAAAUCCUGGUCUUGGCAGAAAGGGAUAGUGGACAUACGUUGACAUUUGGCACGGUGCGAGAAUUACACCCCUCAGUCCUUCAAAGCAUUCUAGCCAUUCAUACCGCCAGAGCUGCUCUGUCUGCUGCUUCCGCUACAACUAGACAUAGUUUCAACAUUUAGACAUAUUGCCCUCGCAUAGUUGAAAUAAAGACAUUGAGCAGCCCUUUUCCCAGCCUCAAAGGUACCCUCACAGUUUCCUCUCGCCCCCUUGCCUCCCGAGACAUGAAAACGUCACGCCAGCUCCAAGACAGCCCGUCUCGACUGCGCCGCGCCGCGCUGGGCGUCCUUCAUGGACUCGUAGCGGGCCCUGCCAUAGCGACUGCGCAGACGCAACUUCUCGCGCUGCCAGGCCUCGUAGUCGGCGAUGCGGUCCUGCAGCGAAGACGCCGACGGCGCCCUGCGCGCCAUGUAGCGGCG